UUGUGUUACUGUAUUGCGAAAGGGGGCUUCUUUUUUUAGCUGCUGUUAGUGAUAGGCACGCCUGUCAGGCAACUCAUCAUCAUCAUUCCCUCCACUUCUCUCCCUCUCUCUCUAACGCCACUUUUCUCUCUCUCUCUCUCUCUCUCUCUCUCUCUCUCUCUCUCUCUUACAUCACAGACCUCGCCGUCUGUCGGAAUUCUUUUGGUUUUUUCCAUGUAUUCUUGAGGUCCCAUCUUCUUCUUUUUUUGUUGUUGUUGUUGGGGUUUAUUGUUUGAUUGAGCUCUGGUUGAGUUGUUAGAUUGGAUCUGUUUGUGUUCGUUUCAAGUGGGCUCGGGGAAUUCUACCACCAGGAGGUAAAGAAGAGUGGAUUAUGGAUUUUUGCGGCAUACCUGCAAGUGAAAGCACGAGAAGCAGAAUUUUAGCCAGAAGAAAAAAAAGUGGUUUCGGCGAUGGAUGUGUUUAUGGGUUGAGUUUAGUUGUCAUUGAAUGCUGUAUUGGAAACUUAUUGAACAGCAGAAACCAUGACUUGGAUGCUGCAUUGCUGAAGAAAGCGCGUUGGGGCUGAAACUUGGAGAAAGAUUGUGAGGCUAUUAGUUUGUUCCUACUAAUAGAUUUGGAUUGAAGAUCACAAUCUCUGGCUGUUUAAGAUGCUUUCAAAGUAGUCAAUUGUGAUUUCACGUUUGCUUUUGGUCUUUCCCAGGUCGAGUUUUUGAAUCUACAACGUUGUGCAAGUUGCUGGAACAAUAUGGCUGUUUCAAUGAAAAACUUAGAUCCAGCUUUCCAGGGUGCUGGACAGAAAGCUGGUACUGAGAUAUGGCGAAUUGAAAAUUUUCGUCCUGUCCCAGUCCCAAAAUCUUCACAUGGAAAAUUUUGCACUGGAGAUUCCUAUGUGAUUUUGAAGACCACAGCCUUAAAAACUGGUGCCCUACACCACGACAUUCAUUAUUGGCUCGGUAAAAACACCAGUCAGGAUGAAUCCGGUACUGCAGCGAUCAAAACUAUCGAGUUAGAUGCUGCGUUGGGCGGGCGGGCUGUUCAAUACCGAGAAGUGCAAGGUCACGAAACAGAGAAGUUCCUUUCUUAUUUCAAGCCAUGUAUAAUACCUCAAGAAGGUGGAGUUGCCCCGGGCUUCAAGCAUGCUGAGGCUGAAGAGCACCAGACUCGUCUGUUUGUAUGUAAAGGAAAGCAUGUUGUUCAUGUGAAAGAGGUGCCUUUUGCUCGAUCCUCACUCAAUCACGAUGAUAUUUUCAUUCUCGAUACAAAGUCUAAAAUUUAUCAAUUUAAUGGCUCCAACUCUUGCAUUCAAGAGAGGGCUAAAGCUCUGGAAGUUGUCCAGUACAUUAAGGAUACUUAUCAUGAUGGAAAAUGUGAAAUAGCAGCUAUUGAUGAUGGAAAAUUGAUGGCAGAUGCUGAUACCGGAGAGUUUUGGGGGUUCUUUGGUGGCUUUGCUCCUCUUCCAAAGAAAUCCUCCACCGAUGAACCCAAGAGUACUGAUGCAGUUCCGUCUAAGCUUUUCCGGGUUGAGAAAGGAGAGAAAGUAAUUAUCGAGGCUGACACCUGGACAAGGGAUUUACUGGACACAUAUUAUUGCUAUAUCCUCGACUGUGGUAGUGAAGUCUUUGUUUGGAUGGGGAGAAACACUUCUCUUGAUCAAAGGAAAGCUGCAAGUAGUGCUGUCGAUGAAUUACUGGAUAGCCAAGAUAGACCAAAAACUCAUGUAAUUCGUGUGAUUGAGGGGUUCGAGACCGUGGCGUUUCGCUCGAAGUUUAACUCGUGGCCCCAGUCUAACAGCGUGGCUGUGUCUGAAGAUGGUAGAGGAAAAGUUGCAGCACUUCUGAAGCGGCAAGGGAUUAAUGUGAAGGGACUUCUCAAGGCAGAAACGCCCAAGGAAGAACCUCAACCUCAUAUAGACUGUACCGGGAAUUUACAGGUUUGGCGUGUCGAAGGUCAACAAAAGACUCUCCUCUCAGCUUCUGAUCUAUCCAAGUUCUACAGUGGAGACUGCUAUAUUUUCCAAUAUUCUUAUCCCGGUGAAGAGAAAGAAGAACAACUAAUAGGCACGUGGAUUGGGAAGCUUAGUGUCGAGGAAGAUAGGGUAUCGGCAACUUCACAGGCAACCAAGAUGGUUGAAUCUCUCAAAUUCCUACCCACUCAGGCCCGCAUCUAUGAAGGAAGUGAACCGAUCCAGUUCUUUGCGAUAUUUCAGAUCUUCAUCGUCUUCAAGGGUGGUCUUAGUAAGGGCUACAAGAAUUACCUAGCCGAGAAGGAACUUCCCGAUGAUACAUAUACGGAGGAAGGACUGGCAUUAUUUCGGGUUCAGGGAAGCGGACCUGAAAAUAUGCAAUCAAUUCAAGUCGAACCAGUGGCUUCGUCGUUGAAUUCCUCCUACUGCUACAUACUGCACAGUGGGCCCACCGUGUUUACAUGGUCAGGGAGUCUAACGACACCCGAAGCCCAAGAACUCGUUGAGAGGCAGCUGGAUCUUAUAAAGCCAAACACGCAGUCUAAACUGCAGAAGGAAGGUGCAGAGUCCGAGCAGUUUUGGGAUUUGUUAGGUGGAAAGUCGGAAUACCCGAGCCAGAAACUUACUAGAGAACCCGAGAGUGAUCCUCAUUUAUUCUCGUGCACCUUGACAAAGGGAGAUCUCAAGGUGACAGAGGUCUACAACUUCGACCAGGAUGAUCUAAUGACCGAAGAUAUAUUCAUUCUCGACUGCCACGCUGACAUUUAUAUUUGGGUUGGGCAACAGGUGGACACUAAGAAUAAGUUGAAUGCUUUAAGUAUUGCAGAGAAAUUUCUGGAGCGCGAUUUUCUUCAUGAGACAUUAUCACUUCAAGCUCCAGUGUAUAUUGUUAUGGAAGGAGGCGAACCACCGUUUUUCACUCGUUUCUUCUCUUGGGACUCAUCAAAAUCUGCAAUGCAUGGUAAUUCUUUCCAGAGAAAGUUUACUAUUCUUAAGCACGGAGGUGCUCCCGUGUCGGAUAAACCCAAAAGGAGAACGCCCGUCUCAUAUGGGGGGAGGUCUGCUGCACCGGAGAAAUCACAGCGUUCGAGAAGCAUGUCAUUUAGCCCCGACAGAGUUCGUGUAAGAGGCAGAUCUCCGGCUUUCAGUGCUCUGGCUGCGACUUUCGAGAAUUCAAACGCAAGAAAUCUGUCAACUCCUCCUCCAAUGGUAAGAAAGGUUUAUCCCAAGUCCGUGACACCGGAUUCCGGGAAAAAUGCCCCGAGAUCCUCAUCUAUUGCUGCCUUGAGUUCGAGUUUCGAACAACCGCCACCUGCUCGGCAAUUUGUGAUGCCUCGUUCAACUAAAGCGAGCCCUGAGGCACCCAAACCAAAACCCGAGCCACUAUCCAGGCAGAACUCCGUAGAUCAGAGUCCCAAGACCAAGCCGGAGCCCAUACAGGAAGAUGUGAAGGAGAAUGAAGCUGAGGACGAGGAAGGACUCACCAUAUACCCCUACGAGCGUCUCAAAACGACGUCGACUGAUCCAGUCAGCGACAUUGAUUUGACAAAACGAGAGACGUAUCUGUCCUCGGUGGAGUUCAAGGAGAAGUUCGGGAUGUCGAAGGACACCUUCUACAAGCUGCCUAAAUGGAAACAGAACAAGCUCAAGAUGUCACUCCAUCUCUUCUGAACACUCUCCCCCCGACGUCGAUCAUCAACAACGGUUGCAAAUUCGUACGGUAUCUUUUUAUCUCUCCGUAUACUUGCCAAAUGCGGUCUUUGUUUCAGACGUCGUUACACACAUGAUGCAUUAUUUAUACGCGAAAGGAGCGAGUUCCCGAGUUUCUGGGGGGGACGACUCCGCGACUGCAUUCUUUCUGAUGAUGCAUAGGAAAUUUCUCUCUGAUUUUUCGUGUUUGUGAUUUAGUUGCUUGAUAUUCUUUUUGGUCCUAGGUUUGUUGUGAGCUUGCAGUUUUAUUUUAUUUUUCAUUCUUCUUUCUAUUUUUGGGGGUUUUUUCUUUUUCAUUUGUGUUUUCGGCUAUCGUUUUUUAGCAGAGUGGUUAGAAACCUUGCAAAUUGCAGAGUUUUUAGGAUACUUAGUGAGCAAUUGAUCUGAUGUGUGUACAGUUUUUAUGUAAACCAGUUCACUCAUUAUUUGACUACCCAAUAAAAGUGUGUUUCUUUUA